AUGCGGGAGGCCGACACCGUUGCGAGGGGACUGCUCGCUGCGUCCCCGGAUGGAAUGGCUGAAGGACGAGAUGGCGGAGACGAGGAGGAGGAGGAGGAGGAGGAGGAGAAGAAGAAGAAAGAGAACGCAGCCGACGACGCGCCCAAAGAGGAGGAACCCGAAAACUGGCUGCCCGGCGCACGUCACCUGACCCCGGCGCCUCCGGUCCCGGCUCGUCCGGUUCCGCGUGUGAUCGCCAAUCUCCGCACGUCCACUGCAGACUGCAGACUGCGACUGCGAGCAUGGCCGCCUCUACUUACCCCGUCCACGAGACGCCGCCGUCCUCCUUCUCGCGCAACACGCCCCCGUCUCGUGGACGCCCUCCCGCCCCCCUCAAGUCCCACCGUCUCCUCUCCCCUUCUGCGCCCACUCCACAGCUUUCCCAGCAGCAUACAUCCAUCUCACCGAUGGAUAAGAUAUCCUUCCUCUUCGCUCAUCUGA